AUGGACAAAACAAGCCCACAAAUAGCAACGACGAAGCUAGCUGUGUUACUCGUGGGUCAAGUUUUGGAUGAAGCAUGCGUCAUUGUAAAUGCGGCCAAAGAAUUCGCACAACCUUGGCAUCAAGUUACAAGGGCAAAAAAAAUAAGUAAUGACACGUGGGAUAAACUAGAUGAUGCUUACUCGAAUGAUUUUGCAAGAAAUAGAGCAUUUUAUAUCGACGAUGAUGUUGCAACUUGUAGUGGGGCUGAAGGUCAAAAAAAUUCUUUUGACGAAAAUAAAGCGACUAAUAUUGCCAAUGAAAAUAUACAACCCAAGGAUGUCGCAGUAUAUGAGAAUGCUUAUGUGACACUGAACAGAGAUUACGAACAAUAUUCGGAUGAGGAGGAAUGUGUGCAACAGGAUUUGAAAUCUUUAGCUCUACAGGAAGUGGAACUUUCCGCUACUAACACAUCUUCAGUAAAAUUGACCACAGUUGAAAAAAUUGAACACAAAGACCUAGCAGCUACCUCUGCGGUAUCUCCGUCAACAAUUUCUCGUAAAAGUGGAAUCGUUCGUCGAUGUCGCCUGCAAGGCGCCAGGUUUUUGUCCUGCUUAAGAGGAUGGUGGUGGCGCCGUAAGCUGCCUGGGAGACGCAAGGAGCCCCGUUUACCCGGCACCGUUAGGGGCCAAUGUCCGCUUACACCGUCGGCGAAACAACGUGCGGCCAGCCUCAUGGACCACCGCCUCGCGCGCUCCCCAUCGCCGUCACGCUGUCCUGUUUGGAAAUUCAACACCAUCAACGAAGCUAUGGUCAAUUCGGCUCAAUGGAACGAGUACGCUUUUGAGAUGAAACCGAACUGUGAUAAC